AUGGAAGAAUAUAUGCAGAAAAGAAUAAUAAGUUUUGGGGUACUUGGGGUUGGCGCAGCUCUUAUAUUGUUCCCGGUAUUAAUGAACCUUUACUAUAUGUUUACAUGUGAGGUUGAGCUAAGGAAUAGAGGUGAGUUUCAAACAUACUAUACAACAUCCAGUGGUGGUGAUGCAAAUCAAUUAAAUACAGUACGAAUAUCAAGAUUCGAAGAACCCAAUCCAACUGAAGGUAUAUAUAGUGGAAGAGCUUAUAUUCCAGCGAGGACUGCUUCAGAUAACUAUUUUGAUACUAGGGAAAGUACUUUUGAGAAUCCUCUCGGCACCAAUUAUCGGCAAAGUUCUGCAAGAGGCUCUGGAGUUUAUAGACCAACAACAUAUACUUCAAACAACGAUGAAAGAGAAUACGACGAGGCUGGAUUGCCAACUAAAAUAUAUCACAGUAUAAAGUAUAAACUGGCUUUCUACAUACAGUUAUUCGGGUUAUGGCAUAUAUCUAUAAUGUGCUUGGGCAUCUUUAUUAUAGUCAUUGGAUUACUGGUAUUUAGAGAAAGUAUUUUAAUGCAAGAGAGAACGGUAUCCUUCUGCGGUGUAGAUCGUUUAAUUUAUAGUGAUGUUGAGCAAAUAGCUAAUCCCAUUCACACUGAGGUUAAGCAAAUAGAUAAUCCUAUUCAUACUAAGGUUGAGAAAAUGGAUAAUCCUACUCAUACUGAGGUUGAGCAAAUAGAUAAUCCCAUUCACACUGAGGGUGAGCAAAUGGAUAACCCCAUUCAUACUGAGGUUGAGAAAAUGGAUAAUCCCAUUCAUACUGAGGCUGAGCAAAUGGAUAAUCCCAUUCAUACUGAGGCUGAGCAAAUGGACAAUCCUAUUCAUACUGAGGGUGAGCAAAUGGACAAUCCUAUUCAUACUGAGGGUGAGCAAAUGGAUAACCCCAUUCAUACUGAGGUUGAGCAAAUGGCAACUGAAGUUACUCUUGAAAAACCACAGCUAGAGACUCUUGAACCUACAGAGGAAAUUUGCAAUGAAAACGAAAUAUUAAAGCGAUUAGAACGUGGAGUAAAUGCCAAACCUGAAAGGCCAUGCAUAACCAAAAAGCAGUGGGAAGAUAUGGUUGAAGCGCAUGAUAAAAAGUAUUCAGGCAUCGCUGUAGACCUUGCAAUUCCCAGUAACUUAUGCUAG